AUGUCAGUAAUCUGUACAUCUCUCCGUGGCAAAUGGGUCGUGGGGAAAAUGAUUGGCACAGCCAUGGUAAAAACUGCUAAAGUCAGAGUGACCAGACUUGUUUUGGACCCCUACUUGCUAAAGUACUUCAACAAGUGGAAAAUCUACUUUGCUCACAAUGCCCAUCAGCAGUGCUCCGUCGGGGACAUCGUGCUCCUCAGAGCUCUGCUGGUCGCCGGGUCAAAGCACGUGAAACAUGAACUGGCUGAGAUCAUUUUCAAAGUUGGCCGAGUUAUCGACCCAAUCACAAGAAAGCCCUGUGCGGAGACCGCCUACCUAGAAAGUCCACUCAGUUCAGAAACUGCUAACCCAAGUAAAAACUCCGGAAGAACUCAAGGUGUCUUCCACCUAGGGAAGAAGGAACCAAAGGGAUUUCUGUCUUUACGCCUCCUCUCUGACAUCCGUCACUAG